AGGGUUUUGAGCUUCUUUUUUAGACCAACUCUCAUUUCCUCCGUUGCCUCUUUCUGUAUCCCACAAACCCUAAGGUAGUUUGAAAGGAAGAGGGCGAGAAAAUGGUGGAGAAGACCAAGGGAAGGAAGGAGGAGGUUGUCACUCGGGAGUACACCAUCAACCUCCACAAGCGCCUGCACGGAUGUACUUUCAAGAAGAAGGCUCCCAAUGCCAUUAAGGAGAUCAGGAAGUUUGCCCAGAAGGCGAUGGGGACAAAUGAUGUGAGAGUCGAUGUGAAGCUGAACAAGCAAAUCUGGAGCAGAGGUAUCAGGAGUGUCCCCAGAAGGAUUAGGGUUCGCAUUGCUCGCAAGAGAAACGAUGAUGAAGAUGCCAAGGAAGAGCUAUACUCUCUUGUUACUGUUGCGGAGAUCCCAACAGAAGGACUGAAGGGGUUGGGCACCAAGGUCAUUGAAGAAGAAUAAUUUAUUUAUGUCCUGUUUUUUAAGUAGACGUCCUCAAUAGGCAGUAAAAGAAUUACUUGAGCUUUUUGCCUAUAGCUUUAGAGAGUUAUAAGACAUUGUGAAGAAGACUGGCUCUUUCAUGUGUUUUGGAUUAUUGUGUUUUUAUCAUGAAUUUUGCUUUGGGAGUUUUACUUGUUUCACCUUACGGUUUAAUGAGAUUUUGUUAGACACCCUCGACCA